AUGUUAGCAAAUCUUGGUGUGAACAAUUUAAUGUGUAUAUUAGUCCUACGUCGAAGUGAUUUUCUUUCAAGAGUAGCCAUGGCGAUGGGGGGUGCGAUGGAUAGCUGCGGUCGCUGCAUGAAGAUCUCAUUGGUGGCAAUGAAUGUUUUAACAUUUCUGGGGGGCGUGCUGGCUCUGGGUAUUGGAGUAUGGAUCUGGGUGUCGCGAUCCUUCCCUAGUACGCUCAUGAGCAACAAUAUGUUCAUAGCGUCAGUUGCUGUAGUGGUGGCGAUGGGAGCCGCAGUCAUGAUCCUAUCCUUACUGGGUUGUUGCGGCGCUGCUAAAGAAGUCAAGUGUAUGUUGCUUACGUAUUAUAUUCUAGUGUUCAUAAUCUUCGUGGUGAUGCUGGUGGGCGGGAUCCUCCUGUUCGUGUUCAGGGUCAAGGUGCUUUCUACUUUGGAGAGAGAGAUGCACGCGUCCAUCCCCAACUACGGUACUCGUCGUGAGUACACGCGCGCUUGGGACGAGACUCAGACCAAACUGCAAUGCUGCGGCGUCAAGAGCUACAAGGACUGGAAUGACAAUGUCCCUGAAAGCUGCUGUGUUGAAGUUUAUCCUGGACAGAGAAGAGAUUGCAAGUAUUCACAGAAUCCAACUACGAUGUACAUGGACGGUUGUUUUAAUAAGACUGUAGACUUAUUAAGAGAGGAUGCGGCCUAUGUUGGUACUGUCGCUGUUGUGGUGGCCUUAAUUAUGGUGCUGGCGCUAAUAUUUUCCUGUGGUUUGUUCGUUAAAAUAGAGUGA